AUGGUUUCAGAUCUUAUUUUAUCUCCAGGUGUUUGGAACCAGGCUUUACUACAGGAGCUCUUCCCUUUACAUAUUACACAAAAGAUCUUGGCGCUACCGCUUAGUAAUCGUAUGCAUGCUGAUCGGUGGAUUUGGUCUGGUGAUAAGAAGGGAGGCUUCACCGUCAAAUCCGCCUACCAUAUAGCACGGGAUAGAGUUUUGGGUGAGAAUUCUAGCAUGCCUAACCCUAGUGCCGAGCUUUGGAACAGGAUUUGGCAAGCCCCGGUCCCGGGGAAGGUUAAAAUUUGUGUAUGGAAGGCGGCGUCCAAUAUUCUUCCAUCUCGGAGUCGGCUAAGUGAAAGGGGUAUAGACAUUGAUACCCAAUGCCCAUUCUGUGACGAAGAAAUUGAGUCCCCUCUACAUGCAUUAAGAGAUUGCUCUCAUGCAAAAUCCUUUCUUCAAUUGGCAAAUAUUCCCACUGUUCCCUCUUCUGCAAGCGUGAUAGAGUGGUUAGUAGCUUCUUAUUCUCAGUCCCCUACUACCUUUGCUACCUUGUUGAUGGUGAUUUGGGCAACUUGGCGUAAUCGAAACGCGAAAGUGUGGGGAGAUGAAGCUAAGUUAGCUUCGGAAGUUGUGCCACUUACUCUAGGAUGGUGGGAGGAAUUUAAGGUUGCUCAUUCAUCUUCUCGCCUAGCAUCUCCAAUACAGAAUGUUAGAUGGAAGAAGCCUCCUAUAGGGAUGAUCAAACUAAAUGUGGAUGCGGCUUUUAGCACUGCGGAUGGGAGUGUAGGUGUUGGGGGUGUGUUUCGAGACUUUGAGGGCUCUUGUUUGGGAGGUUUUCGCCACACACUUCCUGCAGCUUCUUCCGCUCGGCAUGCGGAACUGGUAGCGCUGCUGGUGGGUGUCCAGCUAGCUAUCUCUCAUCAAUUUGUCCCUCUGAUAGUGGAGACUGAUUGUCAAGACUUGGUACAAGCUGUGGUGCAUGCCUCCUUUGAUCAUUCGGAGCUGGGCUACCUAUUAGGUGACCUUCGAGAGGUCUUGCAGCUAGCAUCCUUUGCGCAAGUUCAUCAUGUGCGCCGAGCAGCAAACAUAGUGGCUCAUACUUUAGCACAAGAUGCUAGACAUGGGCAGUUUUUUAUGCAGUUCUUUACUGUACCUCCUCCAAAUGUGGUGGAGCUUAUAUCCAUUGAUUGUAAUGACUUGUAA